UCAUUCCUCUCCUUUUUCAGCGGUGUCCCUCCGACACCCUCGCGCUCAACCUACCUACCGCUCUAUUUCUCUAUCUUUCUCCCUCUCAUUCCCCCCUCCCUUCUCUCGCCUCCCCGUCCCACGCUCCCUCUAUCCCGUCUACCCUUCUCGCUCCCACCCGCCACGGCCGUCUCGCUCGCACUCGCGUACCUCCGCCUUCCUAUCCGCCAAGCGGAGGACUGGAUUCCGUCGAAAAGAAACGACGAUUCGGAGGAUAGUCGCGACCGAUCAUAGCUGGCGCGUCGAUCGGAUCAACCGAAGUGAACUAGCCGCCGCGACUAACCGCAUCGCGCGCGAUACACAAGUAUCACAGCGUUGCGCGCUGCGCGUGCCCUCCGACCUUUGCUUUUUUUUGUUCCCUCCCCGCGACACCGGGGGUAGCGCGACUCGUGGUGCGCGUCCGGUCGGUGGCUCGCACUCUUUCUCCGGGAGGGACCCUCGGCGCGCCGUGACCCCCUUCGACUCGACGCGAGUGUGACCUCGGAGUGCACGCGGACUGUGUCGACGUUCGGGCUUCAGUCGAUCUUCUCGAGUGUGUGUUCGAUACGCGUAAGCGCACCACGGAAGACUGAGAACUGCGACCGCGAUCAACUUGUUCCCGAUUUGUUCCCACGCGUGUUGACAGUGUCCCGAGUGUGCAUAUGCCGGCAACGGACCGUCAGCGAUUGCGACAGGAUUGCGUGCAACCGGGCACCGGGUCGCGACGACGGGACGCGCGGGAGUGUCGUCGCUGGCGCGAGUAGCACCCUCGCUGGGGGUGGCGCGUGACGGGAGAGCGCUCGCCGGUGAAGGAGAGAGCAAAAGAGUGUACGGAGGAUCCGACGAAAGUGACACGGAAGCAUCGGGAAGUGACGGGAUUCAGCGAAUGCCGCGGACUCUUGGAACGAUGAUCGCGUAGCGGCGCCCGACCAUCACGGCCCUGAGCGGCCGACACAUCAUGUCACAGUUCUCUUUUCGAGGAUCGCCAAAUCUACAGUGCCCUGUGACAGUGAGCUCGUCGUUGGCGUCGUCCUCGGCCUCGCCGCCGACGGUCGCGAUCUUAAACGCGGGCGGAACGUCUCUGGUGAGCAGCGUAGCCGCCGGUACGACGACGAAUCAUCCCCUGGACGUAGCCGCUCUGUCGCAAGCGAGGAUGGCGGUGACGAGCGCGAUCGUGAGACCGUCCGGCAGUCCCACCGCCUCGGUCAGCCCUUCUCAAGGUCACCCGCCGCCGUCGGCCGGCGGCCCUGCCGCGGCCAGAUGCUGCGACACCGGCCGGCCCAUCUUCACGGAUCCGUUGACGGGCCAGACCGUCUGCUCGUGCCAGUACGAGCUGCUAGGCGGCUAUCAGCGUCUAGGUGGUCUACCCACGGCCGCGCUCUCCAUGUACAGCGCGCCGUACGCGGCCGCAGCCGCGGCCGCGGCCUCCGAGGGCAUGGCCGCGUACUUUCCCAGCCUGGGUGCCGAACAGGCGCCCUUUUACACGCCUACGCCUGCUGGUCUGGAUCUCAAAGAAAAUCUCGGCGCCGGAGCUGCGGCAGCGUGGCCUUAUCCUUCGGUGUAUCACCCUUAUGACGCUGCUUUCGCGAGUUAUCCCUUCAACGGUUAUGGCAUGGAUCUGAACGGCGCGAGGCGAAAAAACGCGACACGAGAAACGACAAGUACAUUGAAGGCAUGGCUAAACGAGCAUAAGAAGAAUCCAUACCCUACGAAAGGCGAAAAAAUCAUGUUGGCUAUUAUUACGAAAAUGACACUGACACAAGUGUCGACGUGGUUUGCGAAUGCGCGAAGGCGCUUGAAAAAGGAAAAUAAAAUGACGUGGGAACCGAGGAACCGUGUCGAGGACGAAGAUAACAAUAACGAAGACGAUGAUAGCGGGAGGAAGACUGAAGAUUUCAAGAGUCGUAUAUUAUCCCGAAUCACGAAGUUCGAUCAUCUUCUUCUCGGUCCAGAUUCGAAAGACUCGGGUACAGGUUCCAGCGAGGACGGAGAACGACCGGCGCAUCGUAUGGACCUUUUGCAUGGCGGCAGCGGCGGCUCGGCUGGCGUUCAGGGUAGAGCCGAGAGCGAGUGGAGCGAAUCGCGAGCGGAUAGCGGCCCGGACAGUCCGGAGUGUCUGUACGACCAGAGGGAGCCAAGGCAUCCACUGCAAUUGCAGCAUCCGGCGUAUCUCGCGCCAAGUCACGGUCGGUUGUUGCGUCAUCCAUCGCCGGAGAGCACGUCGCCGGGUAGCCAGCACCAUCAUCUCCCGCCGAGCACCAGCGCGUCAUCCACGGCCAGCGCGGUGACCACGAAGCCACGGAUCUGGUCGCUGGCGGACAUGGCGAGUAAGGACGGCGAUCAGCAAAACUCGAACUCGGUUACGAUGACUGGUCUCGCGUCACCUUACGGAGGAACGGGAGGCGGAGGUGGCGGCAAUGGUGGUAACGGAGGGGGCAAGCUCGUCAGUCCUCUGGCCAGUCGAUUGCCGCCUCAUCAUCCCCUGCACCCAGCGAUACAUCCGGGCACGCAAUUCGUAAGACCGCAUCCGGACUUCUACAGGAAUCUAUACAGCGCGUCUCAUCUUGGCUCCGGCGACAUAUCCCUACUGGAGACAUAUUCGAGGACUCUGGGUGGACUGGGUGGCGUGAUACCGCCUCCAUCCACGGCGCCGAGCAUACUGACGUCCACAUCCUCGUCCAUCUCCGCUGCCGGUAACAUGAAGCCUUUCUCGAUCAACGGGGCUAGCGGUGGCGGCAGCGCCGUCGCCGGUGGAUCAGCCGUUUUACUAACCACCGCGACUUCCGGAUUGUCACCGUCGUCGUCGUCAACGGCGUCGUCGGUCGGAUCCGAUCAGUCGCCCCAUCCGGCGGCCGGUGGUCUUCCCGCGACUCAGGAACUCAAAUCUCCCGGACGAGUGUGACUCAAAGAUGCGACCGAUCGUUGAAAAAAGACGUUUAACGCGCGCGCGCGCGCGCUGUGCAUCGACAGGCGUUUCGUGUGGUGUGGCUGACAAUAAUCAGAGACUACAAUCUUGUAAUUAGUGUACAGUAAGACGAGAGAUGAUGAGAUAUACUGCCCCUCGACCCGCUUCUCGUUCCUAGUCUUUGUUUUCUUUUUCACUUUCGAUAUUGUCGCGAAUAUUUCUUUUUUUUUACCUCUCCCCUCCAGAUCAUCCAGUCUUGAAUUUAUUUUCUAUACCUAAUUGCUCCGAAUAAAGACGGAAACUCGUAGUAUAUACCGAUUAUCCCAUAGUGGCUCUAACCCGCGGUAUAACCACAGCUAACGUCAACUCGACAGUACUAUUAUACAUAUAAAAUGCUAUAAAUAUAUAUAAAGAUAUAGGGUAAUAAUUCAUAUUAUUAUCGUAUAUCUUUAAUAAUUAAUAAUUAAUAAUUAAUAAUUAAUAUUAUUUAUGCGUUUGUAAAUAGUAGGAAGAGGCCCAGUAGAGAGAAAUCGUCCGGCCAGUGUAUGUACUGUAUGUAGAGUAGAUACAAUAUUACUAGCAUACCUGAGAUCAUAAUUCAUAUUAAUGACGAUUAUUAUGAUUAUUAUGAUUAUUAUGAUUAUUAUUAUUGUUAUUGCAAUGUUUAUAAUAUUAUCGAUUCACACGUCGACUCAGGUCGUCGAGCAUGACGAGGUAUGGAUCGUUAGUCGCGGCGACAGAUUGCGAGGGACGUGCGUAGGUUCUCGAAAUAUCCUCUCUCUUCUUGUAUAAGUGUACCCUCUCUUAUUUAUUGCGCUGUAAAGAUUAUUGGCUCGUGAUAAUUUUUUUUGUCGCAGAUAAUCGCGAUCGGAACCGACGCGCUUUCGUCGAUUCGCUCGCAAUCUACUGCGAACAUACAAUAAAUAAUUCCGUCGCGUCGUCCCGCCUAUCGCCGUUGCGUAAUAAAAAGAAACAUUCUUCAAAUUGUGUACGAAGGACACCAACGGCUUGCAACAUAUCAUGUCAUGUCGAGAGUGAACGAUCGCCAUCACCUUUUAGUCAUUCGUGUCCAAAAUUUCGCGCGAACUCGCUGAUGCCGCACGGCACUGUGUCUCCUUUCGCAAUAAACGAAUCAUUACGGAAAGCGAACGAGUUAUUAUUUCUCACCCAGCUACACCAGCAUAUCGCAAUUUCAAUUUCUCUUCCCUUUUUCACGAGGAAUCGCUUCCUUUCGGAAAUACCAUAAUCGUGAAUC